AUGCAGAGGGUUCUAGAGAUGCUGGCGAAGAUGGGGAACGAGAUGGUGGACCUGAAACAUAGAGUAUCCGAGCAAAGCGACACGAUCAGGAAGCUGAGCGCCACGGUUUACAAGCAAAGCACCAUCAUUCAAGGACAGGAAGAUCUGAUCCGAGGCUUGGAGGUCCAAGUCCAGGAAUCCAAGGAAGAGUUUCGACAGCAAUUGGCCCAGCUUACGCAGAAGCUGAAUGCUUCGGGUGAGGUGACUCUGUCAAGCGGCGCUCGAGCAACGUUUGCCGAUAUUGCGCGCACACUGCCAGCGAGCCCGCCGACGAGUCUAUCCAGCGUAGCUGUCCCAAGAAAGCAGCAGACAGCCAGCGAUCCUCUCCAUUGUACCAUCGACACAUCUCGCGCCAUCGAGACUGAGAUGAGAGCGAUGAACGGACAAGAGACCUGGAGAGACGAAGCCGAGCUUCAGAUGGUCAAAGAGGCUGCGCAGAAGACAGCCGUGGAAGGUUCACGAGUUAUGCGAGACCAGCUGUACCCGGUCCGAGUCGACAACGCCAACCGCACAGCAAUCCUUGACGCGGAAGGCAACGUUCUGCCUGGAGCGAUCGAGGCCUUGAGUGCCGAAAACAGAGUGACCAUUGGCAAGAUUUCCUGGUUGAGCAAACGAGAGUCUGGCAAAGCGUACGGGAGAUCGGUCACAAAGCAUAUGCAUGCAAGAAGCAGCGGACAUGCGGCAAGUGCGCAAAGGUUGGGCAUCACCACAGAGAGUGCACAGCAAUUGAGCCAAAAUGCGUCCCGUGUGGCGGACCGCACGAGUCGUUCAGCUGGAAGUCUGAAUGCGCACAAGAGUGAUGUGGUGCAGCAAAGCCUGAUGAACGACGCAGGCCUCAAGGACUUUGCUGUGCUGGCUCUUUCUGAGCCCAUGCUUUGGAUCCGAAGUGACCUUGAGGCGGAGCAAGUGCCUGUGCCGUCGGCCGAUCUCACAGCAGUGGUGCUCCGACUCGAGGGGAGGGAAGUGAUGGUGGUAUCAGUGUACGUGCAAGGAAAGAACGACGAGGCGCUGACGAGCGCGAUGGAGCUGCUGCGCGACCUGAUCGAUCGCUUCCGUGAUGGGACAGGAAACCGCACAGAUGUGGUUCUGGCGGGAGACUUCAACCGCCACGAUCUCCUCUGGGGCGGAGAUGAAGUGUCAGCGAGCAGACAGGGGGAGGGCCAGCCCAUCAUCGACCUGAUGAACGACUUUGGUCUCAGCAGCCUCCUGCCGAGAGGGACGAAAACGUGGCAAAGGGCGGACGAGGAGAGCACCAUCGACUUGGUGCUGGCAUCGGCAGAACUGGCAGACGAGGUGAUAUCCUGCAUGACUCACCCGACAGAUCACGGGUCAGACCACAGAGCGAUCCAGACGGCCUUCGACAUUCAAGUACCGGAGAGAACGUUUCCACAGCGCCUGAUGCUCAAGAACGCGCCGUGGAUCGCCAUCGCAACCAGGGUCGAGGACGAGCUUCGGCCUCUUCCGUGGAGUCCGCCGCCAUACGCGAAGCGAUGGUGGACAAAGGACCUGACGCGACUGCGGCAAACGUACACGUAUUGGCGCAAUCAAGCAAGGGCGCAGCGAAGAGCCGGUCAACCGCAGCCGGAUCUGGAGCAACGCGCCAAGGACGCUGCCAAGGAGUACCACGACAACGUGCGGAAACAGAAGAAGUCCCAUUGGGACGACUUCGUCACCGACGAGAACAACAUCUGGAAAGUGGUCAAGCAAGGAGAGCAAGGUGAGGAGCUCCUGAGCACCUUCUUCCCGCCUCUGCCAACCAUGAUCGAACCGGAGAUUGAGGAAAAGGUGAUGGCGGCCAAGUCUUGGAAAGCGCCGGGGGAGGACGGCCUCCCUGUGAUUGUGUGGAAGAAGCUCUGGCACGUGGUCAAGCAUCGGGUGUGGACGCUCUUCGACUCAUCGCUUCGAGAGGGCGUGGUGCCCCAUCAAUGGCGGACGGCCAAGAUCAUCCCGCUGAAGAAGCCGGUCGUUGCAGAACGCAUCAGCUAUGCAGUCGAAGCUCAUGGGCUGUUGCCCGCGAACCACUUUGGUGCACGGAAACGCAGGUCGGCAGACCAAGCACUCGUGCUUCUGCAGGAGCGGAUAUAUAAGGCUUGGAGAAUGGGCAGGGUUUUGAGUCUCGUCAGCUUCGACGUCAAAGGGGCGUACAAUGGAGUUUGCAAAGAGCGGCUGCUUGAGAGGAUGAAAGCUCGAGGCAUCCCGAGUCGCCUGGUCAAGUGGGUAGACGCAUUCUGCUCGGAACGGACCGCAUCGGUGGUUGUCAACGGGCACACAUCCGAGCAGCAAGCCCUGGCGCAGGCCGGCUUACCCCAAGGAUCUCCACUAUCACCGGUGGCAUUUCUGUUCUUCAAUGCGGACCUGGUGCAGAGGCGAAUCAGUAACAGCAGCGGCUCCAUCGCCUUCGUGGACGACUACUCUGCCUGGGUCACUGGACCAACGGCCGAGUCGAACAGAGAUGGUAUUCAGUCGAUUAUCGAUGAUGCGCUCGAGUGGGAGAAGCGCAGCGGCGCCACGUUUGAAGUGGACAAGACGAAUGAUGUCAAGCCGAAGGACAAUGUGAAGCUGCUGGGAGUCAUCAUGGAUCAAGCACUUCGCUUCAAGGAGCAUAUCGCCGGAAUGGCCUCACCACGAACGGCAAGGCAACUGUUCACUGCGACCGUAGCGCCGACCAUGGAUUAUGCCUCCAACGCGAUCACGGGAGGGUUCCGUACGGUCGCGACGGCUGUGGCCGAGGCCGAGGCCAGCGUGCAAUCAUUUCGAGAACGCCAUGCUCAAGCGGCGUCGAGAUUCUGGAUCAGAACGCAGACGCUGCCGAGGACGCAUCCCCUGACAUCCUUGAAGCUGAAGCUGAACAGAAGGUAUGCCUCGCCAAUGCAGAAGCUUGCCUCGGCGAUGGAAAGACUAGAUACCAAACGCCUGGAAACCAUCCACGAGUUCGCACUGGCGCCGUGGGACGACCGAGUGCAGGUAACAUAUGAGACGAACCGAGUGGAGGUGCUGAAGUCGGAUGACCCGGAGGACAUCACUAUCGCGACAUCCAGCUCUCAAAGGAAAGGCAAGGUCGGGUUGGGGGGCGUCGUUCGAGACGCUCUCCUCAACAGCGCAGACGAGGUGCUGGCCAGCUAUUCCGUCACUCUCGGCUCCAGUGAUGAGCAGAAUGCCUACACAGCAGGACUCGAGGCAAUCGCCACGGCCCUGAGUCAUCGGGCGGCCACGGCAGCAGUCUGGCCAGUGCACGAUACGGGCGAUAUACGGAUCUGUUGA